CUUCCAAUUGACUGUAAUUAUUCCCGGAGCGUCCGCAUCCAUUUUCGGUGUCGUUCAAUGGGACUGUGAAGCAAUUCGCCGCUUUUUAAACUUUUGCAACAAAAAGCCCAUAAUGGAUUUCAAAUAUGUUUCUGACGCUUCUCAGUAGCUUAUUCUCGUGAGGCUGAUUGCUUGGUUUUUAGACCUCGUCACCUUGGUGGUGGAGUUGGAACGAUAUAUUUAGUCUAUUGCGUUUGGGGUAUUGCCAUUGGAGAAAGAGAAGACUCAAACGGAACAUCAAAUUGGAUUGUCAGGUUCCCCGGAAGAUGCGGCUGUGAGCUUGCUCAGAGUGCUGAUCCUGUGGGUCUUCACCUGAUCGUGACCAUGGGGAUAUGGCCGGGUGGUGUCCGGGCCUGCAUUGCAGGCCAGGAGAACUGCUCUCCCAACAAUGAAUCCAAGGACUACUGUUACUCAGCCCGAAUCCGCAGCACCGUGCUUCAGGGCCUACCCUUUGGAGGCGUCCCCACAGUCCUUGCGCUGGACUUUAUGUGCUUCCUGGUGCUUCUAUUUGUCUUCUCAAUAUUGCGGAAAGUGGCCUGGGAUUAUGGACGCUUGGCAUUGGUGACAGACGCUGACAGAUCGAAGAAGUGUUUCAGCGGAUUGGAGGAGCGGGAAUAUGUUGCCUCAGCUCUGCAUUCUGAAGCGCCAGACCGCUAUGAACGUCUCACUUCAGUUUCCAGCUCUGUCGACUUCGAUCAACGGGAUAACGGCUUCUGUUCCUGGUUAACUGCCAUCUUCAGAAUAAAGGACGAGGAGAUCCGGGAGAAGUGUGGUGAGGAUGCCGUGCACUACCUUUCCUUCCAGCGCCACAUCAUCGGCCAGCUUGUGGUUGUUGGGGUUCUGUCUGUGGGCAUCGUCCUGCCGGUCAACUUUUCUGGAGACCUUUUGGAAAAUAAUGCAUACAGCUUUGGGCGGACCACUAUAGCAAACCUGAAGUCUGGGACUAACCUCUUGUGGCUCCACACUUCGUUUGCAUUCAUAUACCUGCUUCUGACUGUGUACAGCAUGAGACGACACACUUCCAAGAUGCAUUACAAGGAGGACGACCUGGUGAAACGUACUUUAUUUAUCAAUGGGAUCUCCAAAUAUGCCGAAGAGGUCCACAUAAAACAACACUUUGAACAAGCCUAUGGGAACUGCACUGUUCUGGAUGCUCGAAUCUGCUACAACGUAGCCAAACUCAUGCUGAGUUUGCUGAGUCACAGGAAGAAGACAGAGCGCAGUUUAAAGUUCUUCACUGAUCUCAUGGCCAAAGAGCACAUGCCCACCAUGAUCAACCCCAAACCCUGUGGACACCUCUGCUGCUGUGUCAUCAAAGGCUGUGAGCAGGAAGAGGCGGUGAGCUUCUAUACUAAGCGGGAGGCCAAACUGAAGGAGGACUACAGAAAGGAGAAAGAGAAGGUCAACACCAAACCUCUUGGCAUGGCGUUCGUCACUUUCCAGAAUGAGGCCAUGACCGCAAUAAUCCUAAAGGACUUCAAUGCCUGCCAAUGCCAUGGCUGCACUUGUCGCCAAGAGCCCAAGUCAUCCCAGUUCAGUGAAAGUCUCCACGUCUACAACUGGAGUGUGAGCUAUGCUCCUGACCCUCAGAACGUGCGCUGGGAGCACUUAUCAUUGGGGGGGAUUUCCUGGUGGAUUCGCUGCUUCAUCAUCAACUGCAUCCUUUUCCUCCUGCUCUUCUUUCUCACCACGCCCGCCAUCAUUAUCUCCACGAUGGACAAGUUUAACGUCACCAAGCCUGUGGAGUAUCUCAAUAACCCCAUCAUCACCCAGUUUUUCCCCACUUUGCUCCUGUGGGCUUUCUCUGCCCUGCUGCCGACCAUUGUCUACUACUCUGCUUUCUUCGAGAAACACUGGACGAGAUCAGGGGAGAACCGGACCACCAUGCACAAGUGCUACACCUUCCUCGUCUUCAUGGUCCUCUUGCUGCCUUCACUGGGUCUUAGCAGUUUGGAUGUCUUCUUCCGCUGGCUGUUUGAUAAGAAAUUCCUUGCUGACGCCACUGUCAGAUUUGAGUGUGUCUUCCUCCCUGACAACGGAGCCUUCUUCGUCAACUAUGUCAUCGCCUCAGCGUUUAUCGGUAACGCCAUGGACCUGCUGCGGAUUCCAGGCCUGCUCAUGUAUAUGAUCCGACUGUCCCUGGCCCGUUCCUCUGCAGAGAGGCGCAACGUAAAGAGGCAUCAAGCAUUUGAAUUCCAGUUUGGAGCGGCCUACGCCUGGAUGAUGUCCGUCUUCACUGUAGUUAUGACAUACAGCAUCACCUGUCCAAUCAUCGUCCCCUUUGGUCUGAUGUACAUGCUGCUGAAGCACCUGGUGGAUAGAUACAACAUGUAUUACGCUUACCUUCCCUCGAAACUGGACAAGAAAAUCCACUCCGGUGCUGUCAAUCAGGUGGUGGCAGCUCCCAUCCUCUGUCUCUUUUGGCUGCUAUUCUUUUCCACCAUGCGCACAGGCUUUGUGACCCCCACAUCCAUGUUCACUUUGGUGGUCCUAAUCAUCACCAUUGUGGUAUGCCUGUCGCACGUCUGCUUCGGCCACUUCAAGUACCUCAGCGCUCACAACUACAAGAUUGACACCAAGGAAACAGAUGUUGACGUGGUUGAAAAUGGCCGCCCACCACUCCGCACCUUCUCCGCUCCUUCUACUAAGUCUCAGCAACCAACGUACAUUGCCCAGGUCUUACGGGACCCAAUCACGGAUGACGCUUGCACAGGUAGUGGGGAGGAAGAUCGGGGGUCCUCACAGGAUGAGGAGAUGAUCAACACUGGAAAUAGUCUCAAUGAAGCCGAUUUCCAGUCUGGUGAAGACAGCCUCAUAGCCAACGAGGUCCACCAGUAACACUACCAGCUGAGAAGGGGAAAGAGAGAAAAUGGUGAGAGAGGGAUUUUGGAGAGGAUGAUUGCCAGACACAAACCAAACCACCAACUUCACUUUGUAUUCUAAAACAAUCCGCAGUCAUUCCUCCCCCAUGCUCACCCACUCUGUCACUUUUUUGGGGGUGCCUCUGCACAUUGGCAUCACCAGAAAAUGCCACACACACACGGUGUAAUUGUCUAAUUUGGAGCUUGUCUGUACGGAUUCUUCAAAGUCCCCUCUCAGUGUAUUUCGAUCACCUAUCUGCGCGAUAUGAAUCUGGGCGUUGACGCCCCUUGUUUUAUUUAUUUAUCUACUGGAGUCCUACACUUUUAUGGAGCUUCUAUGGAGCACAAGUCCAACACUGGUUUUCAUCAAACCCAAAAAGAUGUAGUCCCAGAAAAAAAAAAACAUACAAUAGCCUAGACUUUGUACAUAUCCCAAAAUAUACCAACCCAUUUUUGUCUCUCUUAUUGGUAAGAGGGCGGUCAAAAUCGUGCCUGGUUUGAGUUUCUUUUCAUCCAUGUUUCCUUACUUGUGUGUCUAACUAGUAAAUCCCCAUCAGGGUGGCUCAGGACUGGUGGAGAGGUCAGGAAAGUUAGGCUACAAGGUCUCCAAUGAAAGCCUGCUCCAAGCACAGGGGGUCAUUCAUUUUUAUGGGUCUACAGACUCGUACCCAAACUAAACUUGGUUCAUUCUUGUCAACGUGCAAAGCACCCUGCAUUAGGUCUUCUUUCUCAUAGUUUAUGAACAAAAUGACUUGCUUGUCCCUUUUUUCAUUGAUGUCUUCUGUUUGUCAUAAGAUAUUCACUCUGCCACUGAAAAUCCUAGUCAGUGGUUGGAGACACCAUCUUAACAUGACGUAUAAAAAGAUGAUGCAGUCGCUCAAGUUUUUUUAUUUUUUAUGUUUACUUCAUGUGUCUCACGUCACUGAAUGGGCAGUGUUGGAGGAUAUCAGGGCAAUGACAUCGGCCCUCUAUCGUGUCGUAAGACAUUCCAAAGAUGGCUUUGAGCAUGGCAUGCCAAACAGCCAACCUGCCAGGCUCCGCUCAGUUGGAUUGUGGUAUUUCUGGUGUGAUUUGUUGUCAUGACAUUUGUCUACAGUGAUGCCUUGUCAAGUCACCUGGUCUCUCUGCUCCCCUCCACCCUGUCCUUCUCAGUUUCCAAAGGGUCAGUCAUGGAUAGCUUGGUGACUCUUGCAGCCACUGACAUUGUACAGUUUUUAUUUUUUAAUUUUGUCUUUUUGUUUUUUAUUUUACCUCUACUACCUUAAACAUAUGAACAUCUACACCUGAAAUAGGAAGCAAAUGUUCUUGUCAGCGCAUAGUUCAGUUGUCAACUUCUACUGUGAGUUCUGUUCACCUUGAUCUUGAACAUUUGCACAAUCUUUCAAUAGUUUAGCUUGAGUUGUAGAUCCAUGGAAAAGCAGUGCUUUUGCACUUGAUGAUCUACCUUUUAAGCCUGGAGUUUUCAGCAGGCCUGUGAGAAUUGUAUCUAUAUGGGUCCUGUCUGUGUUUAAGUGUGCACUAACAGUAGAUCAAAACAUGAGAACGCCAAACAAAGUUGCUAAGGAUUUAAACAUUAACAGACCCCCCCCCCCCCAUAUUCUUUAUUAUUCCUGAUUUCUUGCAAUGUUUAUAUUUACUUACAGUUGAAAUUUGGAGAGGGGUCAACUACAGAUUUAAUCUAUAAGUAGGAAGAUUUUUUUUUUACAAUGACUUUCAUGCGCGUGAGCAUUAAAGUGUUUGUUCAUUUCUUUGUAGUCAAGCCUUGUCUUUGGUCCCACAGGGAACACAAAACAACAACAAAAAGGUUUAAAUUGUGAGUACCCACUUUGUGUUUGUUGACUAUGGUCAUCAUCUGCUGCCUGUUCUUUUGAGUCAAGAAGUGUUCAAAGAGAAACUAGAUCGGGGGGGG